AGAUGAUUAAUCACCUAAUCUGAAUCCAUCGUUUGGCUCGACAAUGCAAUGAAAACUUUGUUGGAAAAUUCGUUAGACUAGUAAUAACACUAAAUCGUAAUAUUAAGCCGGCUAUAUAACUCUAUUUAGAUCCAAAAUACUCUUUUGUCCAAAUUUCCCGUGUAAGAUCCUUCAUAAACCCUUGAAACGCCCCAAACCGCAAUUCCAAGAAAAUGGAGAAAACCUUCACACUCCUUCAUACAAUUGUCACUGCAACUGUCUUCUCUGCUGUUUCCGGAUGGUACGGAUUCAUGUUCGGAAGAGAAUCUGCUCGCAAAGAACUCGGAAGCUUGAUCGAAGACCUUCGCCGCCAGAAUCCCAACUCCGAUCCGCCACAUGCACCUCCGCCUCCACAUGCUUGAAGUUGAAUUGAUUUGGGGUGCUUGGAUCAAGGUUUAUGGCAUCAAGUGGGCAGUGAGAAAAACCACUUUCAUCCAUAUGGCUUGGGACUGAGAAAAGAAAUAUGUCUUCAGGGCUUUCACAAAACGCACUUCUGUAGGGGGGAUAUUUGACCAUGUUUUGAAGUCUUCUAACAUUAUCCUUGAUGGUGGAAUGUGCUGUUUUGUAGAGUUCAAAUAACAUUUGAUCCUUUUGUAUGUUGUGAGAUAGUUGUUGAAGUACGAAUGAAUUUGGAUUGUUCUGUUUU